UUCUGCUGUUUUAGCAUUCGUUCUUUAAAACCGCACUUCUCUAAACGUCUCUUUUUCUCUCUCUCUCCUCAGCUUAAGCAAAAUCCAAGUCUGUGUAGAGCUUCUGAUUCAGUAGCCUUUGGGCCUACAGUCUUUUUAUAAGAUUUUCCGGCGAAUUUUGGCCGGGGAAUGGCAUAUAUGUGUGCGGAUAGUGGAAAUCUAAUGGCAAUCGCUCAACAAGUUAUAAAGCAAAAGCAACAGCAAGAGCAACAACAACAGCAACACCAUCAGCAGCAGCAACAGCUCCUUGGUCUCAGUCCUUUUACUUUAAACGCUUGGCCCAACAACACCCAUCAUGGCGUUUCCAAUUCACCCAAUCUCGGGUAUGGGCUUUCUGGUUCGGGUUUUACCGACCCGUUUCAGGGAGAUACUGGAGAAGGGUUUCAGUUCCCCAAUAUGGAACAUCAUCCUUCGAGUGGGUUUCGGUUCCCGGAUUUUGGUGGUGGUGCAGGUGGGGAAUUUGACUCCGACGAGUGGAUGGAUAGCUUAAUGAACAGCGGAGAUUCAACGGAUAGUUCGAAUCUGCCGUCUGGUUGUGACGCGUGGCAGAACAAUGCUGAUUUCGGUCUUUACGGUGGCGAUCCGUUUAGUGCUUGCCCGAAUCGUCUUAGCGUGGCGUGUUCUACGCCGUCUGAUCUGAACCGAGUGAUUUUCUCAGCAGAGGCACAGAAAAACCCUAGCACUACUGUUCAAGCUCAGCCUCAGCUACCUACGUGGGCCCUAUCCCCUCCACCUCCUCCGCCUCAAGUAACCGUUAAAGAAACCAAAACAAGCAGGCCUCCGAGCCAGACUCCACUCAAAAACGAUGCCGGAAGGGUCUCAUCUGGUUCCCCCGAGACCGAGUCAGCUUCCCUGCUUUUAAAAGCUUUACUCGAUUGUGCUAGACUCUCUGAGUCGGAACCUGAACGCGCAAUUAAAUCACUGGUUAGACUGAGGGAAUCGGUAUCAGAAUGUGGAGAUCCAACUGAAAGAGUGGCUUUUUACUUCACCGAAGCUCUCUAUAACAGAGUGUCUCUUCAAGCAGAGAAAAGAUUGACUAUGCUCGAAACAACGUCGGAGGACUUUACUAUCUCUUAUAAAGCAUUGAACGACGCGUGCCCUUACUCGAAGUUCGCUCAUUUAACGGCAAAUCAAGCAAUUCUUGAAGCAACGGAUCGAGCAAGCAAGAUUCACAUAGUGGACUUCGGAAUUGUUCAAGGAGUUCAAUGGGCUGCUCUUUUACAAGCUUUAGCGACCCGUACUGCUGGAAAACCGACUCGAAUCCGUAUCUCGGGUAUACCUGCCCCAGUAUUGGGAUCAUCUCCAGCUCCUUCCCUUUACGCAACUGGUAAUCGUCUACGUGACUUUGCGAAGCUUCUGGAUUUGAAUUUUGAGUUCGAACCGGUUCUAACUCCGAUUAAAGAACUUAACGGGUCGAGUUUCCGGGUUGAUGAGGAUGAGGUAUUGGCAGUAAAUUUCAUGCUUCAAUUGUAUAAUUUGUUAGAUGCUAGUCCGGUCACUGUGGAAACCGCCCUCCGUUUGGCCAAAGCUUUAAACCCAAAAAUCGUGACAUUGGGUGAGUUUGAAGCGAGUUUGAAUAGAGUUGGGUUCGUGAACCGGUUCAAGAACGCAUUGACGUAUUACUCGGCCGUGUUCGAAUCGUUGGAACCGAACUUGCCUCGUGAUUCACAGGAGAGAAUACUAGUCGAGAGACUAUUACUGGGUCGGAAAAUCGCGGGGGUUAUUGGAGCGGACGAAGCAGAAAACCCAAGGGAAAGGAUGGAAGAUAAAGAGCAAUGGAAGGUUUUAAUGGAAAGUGCUGGUUUUGAAACGGUAACCCUUAGCCAUUACGCGAUAAGUCAAGCAAAAGUUCUGUUGUGGAAUUAUAAUUACAGUUCUUCGUAUUCACUGAUUGAAUCGUCACCUGGAUUUCUCUCUUUAGCUUGGAACGAGGUGCCCCUACUCACAGUUUCAUCUUGGCGUUGAUGAAGAUUUCAGGGAAUUCCCCUGGUAAUUUUCCAUAGUGUGAAAUGGAUCAAAUUUUAAUCUGGGAAACGCUCUUGGGGGAUGGGGGGAGGCUGAGAUCAGUGAAACAGUGAUGAAAGUGAGAAACUUUUUAGGGUUAUUUACAUGAUUAUAUUAAUAUUUUUUUCAUUUUGAUUUUGGUCUAAGAUUUUUCUUUUGUAUUUUGGAUCUGGGUUCUAUUUUUGUUGAGGUUUUUUUGAACAAGUUUGGAACUUUCAGCAUGACAUGACAAAAUUGUAACAUAGGGGGAAUGAAAUUCUUGGAGUACAUUUCCCUUAGGUGUUUAGUAGCUUUGUACUGUAUAUAAAUUUGAAACCUUUCGAUAUGUUCCUAUUUUUUUCUUUCCUAAUUUCAUGUUAAUCGGUUAAUGUCAACGUAGACUUGAGUUCAGUUCCCUUGCAAAUAUAAAGUGAAAACAGAUUUAAUGACUUUUGGAAGUUUUAGUUUCUUGUGCUCUUGGUUUUUGAACUUGCAAGUCUUGUUCUGGUCACUUCCUAAUGGUUCGCCCCUGAAUCCAAGACUUGUGAAUCUGUCAACAUUUACUAAUAUUACCAGAUUUUUCACCUGGCCAGUACCUUGCAGGGUGUAGUAAAAACAAUGAACAAAACGAGUUAAAAAUGUGACUGUCUUGCAGACACUGUAAUUGGGUGGUUCCGAUUGAGACUCGGUCUUGUUUUGAACUGUGGUUUUUCUGUAUUUGGUAUUUGAUGAAGACCAACACAGUACUAUGAUUUCACGGAAUAUGGUUUUCUGAAUAAGACUUGAAUAGAAACUGUGUUUGCGUAAAUGAUCUAGCAGGUUAUCUUUUACUAUCUUAACUUCUCUCGAUCAAGCUUUCAAUCUUUUAGGCUGCCGAUCUCUUACAGUUACCCAUCGUUUUCCUUUGUUAUCUUAUUUGGCUGGAAAAGGACUUUGAAUUUGCAUGUGGGUGGUUGUUGCCAUCCCUGCUAACCUUAUUUUUCUGAGUCUAUAUGGGCCUUUCUAGUUCCUACCUGUUGGUUAUAUAGAUUUAAUGGCUGUCAUUUUCAUCUUGAAUCAAACUCUAGAUCUCUCUUUCUCUGGCUGUAUAGAAUUAAACAUGAGAUCUUAUCAUGUGAUUAUGGGUUUCUCUUUGAAGCUUUUAAAAUCUUUAUUGUCUAAUUUCCAACCCAAUAGUGGAAGUUAAAGGGAGAGACAGAAGAGAGUAGCUUGAACAUGAUAUUUCAUCCUUUGACAUAAU